UUCCGGGUUGAGAGGCUGCGCUCGGACCGGAGCAGUGGCCGAUGAGCCGGCGGGGCUCCUGCUUCUCCGGGCCUGCUCCCCGCACCCAUCCCUAGGUGCUGCCCCCGACAGCGUCGCGCUCUCCAGCCGGCCCCCUGCAUCUCGGGGGACCCUCUCCGCCGUCCCCGGCGCCAUGGCGUGCAGCCUCAAGGACGAGCUGCUCUGCUCUAUCUGUCUGAGCAUCUACCAGGACCCGGUGAGCCUGGGCUGCGAGCACUACUUCUGCCGCCGCUGCAUCACCGAGCACUGGGUGAGGCAGGAGGCUCAGGGCGCCCGCGACUGCCCCGAGUGCCGGCGCACGUUUGCCGAGCCCGCGCUCGCGCCCAGCCUCAAGCUGGCCAACAUCGUGGAGCGCUACAGCGCCUUCCCGCUGGACGCCAUCCUCAACGCACGCCGUGCCGCGCGACCCUGCCAGGCACACGACAAGGUCAAGCUCUUCUGCCUCACGGACCGCGCGCUGCUCUGCUUUUUCUGCGAUGAACCCGCGCUGCACGAGCAGCACCAGGUCACGGGCAUCGAUGACGCCUUCGAGGAGUUGCAGAGGGAGCUGAAGGAGCAGCUUCAGGCCCUUCAGGACAGUGAGCGGGAGCACACGGAGGCGCUGCAGCUGCUCAAGCGACAGCUGGCGGAGACCAAGUCUUCCACCAAAAGCCUGCGGACCACCAUUGGGGAGGUCUUUGAGCGGCUGCACCGGCUGCUGCGGGAACGGCAGAAGGCCAUGCUGGAGGAGCUAGAGGCAGACACGGCCCGCACACUGACUGACAUUGAGCAGAAAGUCCAGCGCUAUAGCCAGCAGCUGCGCAAGGUGCAGGAGGGGGCCCAGAUCCUGCAGGAGCGGCUGGCUGAAACUGACCGGCACACCUUCCUGGCCGGAGUGGCUUCGCUGUCUGAGCGGCUCAAAGGGAAAAUCCAUGAGACCAAUCUGACCUACGAAGACUUCCCAACCUCCAAGUACACAGGCCCCCUGCAGUACACCAUCUGGAAAUCCCUGUUCCAGGACAUCCACCCAGUGCCAGCCGCCCUGACCCUGGACCCGGGCACCGCCCACCAGCGCCUCAUCCUGUCCGACGACUGCACCAUCGUGGCCUACGGCAACCUGCACCCACAGCCGCUGCAGGACUCACCGAAGCGCUUCGACGUGGAGGUGUCGGUGCUGGGCUCUGAGGCCUUCAGUGGCGGCGUCCACUACUGGGAGGUGGUGGUGGCGGAGAAGACGCAGUGGGUGAUCGGGCUGGCACACGAAGCCGCGAGCCGUAAGGGCAGCAUCCAGAUCCAGCCUAGCCGCGGCUUCUACUGCAUCGUCAUGCACGACGGCAACCAGUACAGCGCCUGCACCGAGCCCUGGACGCGGCUCAAUGUCCGCGACAAGCUCGACAAGGUGGGCGUCUUCCUGGACUACGACCAAGGCCUGCUCAUCUUCUAUAACGCCGAUGACAUGUCUUGGCUGUACACCUUCCGCGAGAAGUUCCCCGGCAAGCUCUGCUCCUACUUCAGCCCCGGGCAGAGCCACGCCAACGGCAAGAACGUGCAGCCGCUGCGGAUCAACACGGUCCGCAUCUAGUGCUGCGGAGGGAGACCGCAGGCCUGAGCAUGGACACCAGCGAGAGCCCUGCCCCGGACAGCGGAGGCCGGGACUCCAGCCCAGCCGGGCCAACCUGAGAUCUCAGGCCAGUUGUUUACCCUCAUUUCCCUGUCUGUAAAAUGGGGGUUGUGCUCCACGAUUCCGAAGCUCUUCCAGCAUUGACGUUCUGUAGCUCUGACCUUAAUGGGGAUGCAGCUUUGGUCCAAGGAUGUGACAUGGCUUCUCCUCAGGGCAGCCCCUGCCCAACCCUCAUCCCCCUCCUCUCAGGGGCAGGGGACUGCGUCCCUAUGUCUCCCUCCUGCCCACAUGCCCUAAGCUCAGGAUGUGUCAGUUGUUGCCAGCACGUGGCUGCCUGAAAGAGACACAGAACCCUCUUAUGCUUCCAGGCCUAAAACUUGCCCCUGAUCAAGCUAGUGAUGGGCCGUUUUAUCCUCAAUCCCAGCCCACAGUGGACACAGGCGGUAGCUAGUCCCAGGGUUGCCUGAGAACCACCUUCUCCUUCCAUCCCUGUACCAAGAGCUUCAUGAUUUUCCCACUUAUCUGUGGGUAGAAGUGAUGUUGUGGCCUGUGGAAGGCACCCAGUGGUUAAGCCCACAUGUUACAGUCACUGUGCCACCACCUUCCUGCCCACAGCUCUUAAGGCCAGAUAAUGGCACACCCCGACUUAGGACAAACAUCACUGGAUGGUGGAGGUCCCCAGCAGCUCCAAACAAGGGUCCAGCCAGGCCUCUGUGACCAGGCUAGGGUGUAGCGAGGCUGUGGGGACCAGUUAUUUUAGUCAGGCCCUGAGCACUGGGGUGGGUGUCAGCUGGACCCCCCCUCAUCAAUCUUGGCAUCUGUCUCAGUUGGGAUCCUGUUGCAGAAAACAAGAGCUGCUUUAGCUUUAGACAAGGAUUUAUUACCAGGUCCCUAGUGGCUUUGUAAAAUCACUGGAAGGGCUGGAGGAGCAGACUCUGCUGAAUUUCCAGGAACAGCUCCCAGCCGCCAAAUUCAUCAUGUCUGUUGUGACCAGGAACACUGCUCCCAUCUGCAGGAAGCCCCUGCAUCAAGAAGCCACUGGCUGCAGAACUACGCUGACUUUGCUACUGUCCACGCCAGUCAGUGGAUGUCCUGAGGGCUGCCUCCCCACAUUCACUUCAAUUUCCGGAUCCAAAUGUCUACGAGGGAUUCUGUGUGGGGAAACUUAAGUCAGAUCCAGAACCUGGGCUGCAAGGGAGUCUGGGAAAUGUACUUUUCUUCUUUCCAGCCUCAUCCCUACAAAAAAGGCACAAUAGAAGAAAGUUAGAAUGGAUGUUGAACAAGCCCACCUUCAGUUUUUGCCAUUGGAAUCCACCUCUAGGCCUUGGCUUUGAAGCAGCAGAGCCUCUAGGUGUCCUGCUCCGUGGCUUUGUCCUUGUUCGGGACAGGAGCCCCAGGAGCGGGCCUGCCCGACCAAGCUGAAAUGUCUCCCAGGCCUUAGCUUUUCCUUCUAGUCCUGGGGCCUAGAUUCUGAACUUGGGGUCUCUGACCACACCCACCUCAAAGGAGCCAGACUAGCUGAACUUGGGGGGCUCCCACCUCACAACUGCUGCCCACUGGGGCCUCCCUUGGGCGGGAGGAUUCCUCGGUCUCACCCCACCCAUUCAGCUACCAGAAUCUGGGCCACCCCCAGCAGUAUUUUUAUUUUAAAUGUUGCCCAUUUUGUGAGUUAUGAUGAAUUUGUAUUAAAUUAAAGUUACAGGCUGUGAGCGGUCAGUUCCAUUCAUUUUGACACACACAGAGGCCCAUCUAUCCUGGCCCAGGCAGCAUUCAUACAUCAGCAUAGCUAAACCACAAAGCAACCCUACCAGGUAGAUAGUAUUAUGCCCAUUUUACAGAGGGGGAAAAAUGAGGUUCAUAGAGAGGACAUGACUUGCCUACAGUCCCAUGUCCCACACCUGGUAAGUGAGUUUAGAACUGAGUGAGCCCAAGGCACUCACGUCAGAACUUACCAGCCAGGGCAGACUGUCAGUCUUUGCCUGGAGGAGGGCAUGGUGGUAGCCUUGGGAACAGACAGAGGGGAGAUUAUGAGACAGUGGCAAGAGACUAGUCACUGGAACCCCACAGACCUAGGCUUAAAUCCAGGCUCCGUCACUGGGUGCCUUUAGAGAAAUGACUUAACCUCUCUGGACCUCACAUGUUUUCUCACAUGGAAAAUGGGGAUAAUCACACCAAUCUCACAUAAUUUUUGCUCAGCGGCUCUGUCCUCUGGAGGAGAAGCUGCAAAGUGCAGUGCACUUAGGGAGGACCUGCCUCUCACACCAGCUGCCACCCAGAAUCAGUGCCUGGAACUGUGUGGGUUUUCUGAACCUCUGGGCUGGCUCUGCCCCUAGGCAGUCUAUCUUCUUCCUUGUGCCUUGUGAGGGGUGUGGGACCACCUAGGCCAGGAAGGUCCCCAGGUCUGCUGUGUUGAAGGAGGUCCAUCCCACCUCUGACUGACGGGGAAGCAGCCUGGCCAGGAGACAGGGCCCUGCAUGUGGACACACAGGCUGUUCAGACUGUAAGUAGAAAGGCCACUGGGACCCCCUGCAGUUGUGCAGUGCAGCAGCCUUGGAAACAGGACUGCUGGACCUAGUCUUUGUUCUGUGCUGACUCAUUUUGUACCGUGAGGGUCCUUUCCACAGUCUCCUCACCUGCAGAAUGAGGGAGGUUAUACUGGAUGCUCUCUGAGGUGGACCUUCACCUAUACCAGGAGGCAGGGAAAGGAAGAGAGGGAACUACCCCAGUCAUUGAUUUGUUUGCAGUUCUAAGAAGAGGGACAUGAACAAGGAGGAGGAGGGGCCGUUGGCAAGGGCAGAGGGAGAGGUCUCUGAUUGGCUGAUGGAGAACACCCCAGUUUACAGAGAAGUUGUAGGGGUUGAUACUGGAACUAGAGUAUCUCCACCCCCCAGCUCCAUGCUCUCAGAUCCCUGUGACUCCCCCAAAGCCACACCCCUCUAUUUUUGCUCAGUGGAUCUGUCCUCUGGAGGAGAAGCACCCCAUCCAUGCUCCUUCUUUUGCCUUCCCCCACUCAGUCUCAGCACCAGGUCCAAGAAAGGCUGGUCGCUGCCCAGUCUUCACUCCCAGUUUCCAAGUGUCUGGGAGUAACUGUAGGGACCUAAUCUGAACACACAACUGGGGACUCUGGGAAAUCAGGGUACCUCUAAGAGGUAUGAUGUGUCCAGAGAAAUCCUGAAUGUAAGAAUCUGGGGUUAUCAGGCUAAUACCAGGAACCCCACAUUUAACAGAUAAGCAAAGAGGGGAAGUAAAGGCAGCACAGCCUUGGAGAGGAAGGAGGGAUCAGGAAAGAUCUUCCCCAGGGCAGGAAAGAAUUGAUAGAAUGACAGAAACCCCCAUUUGCAUCCCUGUUUGUGGUCAGCAAGCAAAGCGCUAGUACUUUUUGCACCUUCUCUAACAUCAAGACAAGCCCAUGAGGUUGGUAUCAUUAUCUCAGUGUUUGAGCUGGGAAACACUACUUGCCGGGGAACCCACAGCCAGUACUCAGCAGAGCUGGAAAUCAGACCCAGGCCUGUCCAAAGCUGAAGACCAGUUCUUCACUUACCUCCCUGGAAAUGCUUUUCAACUUUGAGGACCGCUUCAGUGACAGGCAGCAGCCACCAGAACUGUGAUACCCCUGGGAUUCAAGGUGGGAGCUUAACCCAGGCUCCACACCAUUGAAUUACACAAUUGUACCAGGCUCUGCUACCUUAACAAGCCCAUAUGGGGGCAGAGCUAGUGUUUAUUGUUUCGAUUAAGAUUACUUCAUCUAUUUAAUGUAAAGAACUUUCGAAAGAUUGGCCUUACUUCCGUUGUCCUUUUUUCAUAAUAGAAGCCUGUCAGGAAUGGUAUGCCUGUUAGUGCUAGACUUCCAAUAUUCAGCAAAGAUUUAGUAAAAGGCAGAGCUUUAAAUGGGCCUCCUAGUUUUUGAAUAUCUUGCUCAUAAUUUUAAUUAUGAAUAAUGGAGGCAGAGCCUAAGACUAAUAUAGCUUUAAAGAUUGCUCAUGUACAGACAUUUUUAAAUGUUAGGUAUGGUUGAUUCAUGCCAAUAGUUAAGAUUAUUAAACCUAGUUGUCAUGAGUU